AUGGAGGAGACAGCGGCGGAGGUUGCUUUGAAAAUGCCACCACGCACUGUUGAAGAGAUGCUUGCGGGCGCCAUGUGGGUAACGAAUCUCACUGAUCCAGCACUCUGCCUUGAGCGCCUUCACGAGACGUUUAAUGAAGUCAUCUUCACCUGCGCCGAGGAGGAGGUGGAGGAGGAGGAGGAGGAGAAGCACGUAGGGCGGCUCAGGACGGCGGCAGACCGUCUGCGGGAGCAGAGGGCAAAGGAGGACCUCAGACGCGCCUUAAUGGAUUUGCAGGACACUACAUAUGUGGAGGAGGCAAACGAGGGAGAGGAGGCGGGAGAGGAUGAAGAAGAUGGUGCCGAUGAAGAGGGCAGCGCCGAUGAAUUUUCCGAGGAGUCAGAACUUAUGAAUGAUGAGGAGUUUUUGUCGUGGAUCCACCGCAGUGACAAUCAGCGCCAGGAGGAGCCUGCGAAAUUGAUGGGUCUAGAUGCGACCGCCGCAGACUCCGCUGUCACUGGCGUUGAACUUGAGCUGCAUCGUGUCGGCCUUGGCGAGGAGGACAAACGUAUGGCGGAGGAUCCGCUGCCGGAGCGACUCAAGGCCAUUGAGGUUCAGGAGAGGCGACCAGCACUUGGAUCGCGUAUACUACCACACGGCUAUUCCUACAAAAUACCCCUUGAAUAUGAGGCAUUCUGGAUCCUACGGCAGUUGCGUGGUGCUGGCCAGCCACUGGCGCACAACACUCGCAUCUGCGCUAUUGCAACUCGCCCGCCACCGGAGGUGGUAGACGAACCUGUGGUGGUGGCUAUCGCCUACGCCGUGCGAAAGAUGACUCAGGAAUACAUGGAACCGGCGCAUUUGAUGCUGUAUCACCAGACUGCGUUACACCCCCUCUUAUGCGCGUUGCUAGAGAAUUCACCGCUCACAGAGGCGGCAGAAAGUACACUGCCCGUUUCUUCUUACGCCUACAGUGUGGAAACUGGAAGACGACAACGCCCGUUCAUAUCUGACGCAUACGUUGGUUUCAGUGCAUUGGCUGACCGUUCGAUCGGUGAGGGUAACUCUGCUUGGAAUCGUCUUGACAGCAAUGACAGUGACUUUGUUCAACGCAAGCCAUGUUUUGUGGAACUGGGUCGUUUGUUAGUGCGCAUUCUUGAGCUUGAUGUUCUCUGCCACCGCCUAGAAAGUCAGCGGCAGCAGCUGCUGUUAAAGCUGAAGGAUCACCCCGAGUCUAGCGUGCAGGAGCAGCGUGUGGCGCUGCAAAGUCUUGUCUUUGAGAGCGGCAUUGAGGCAGACCUUUGGCAGACGUUUUCAAGUUUUCUUACCGCCGGUCAUGGGCGGGGGCCAACGCAGGUGCUAAAGAGGCUCGGUCUCGAGGACGCAUUUGAGGAGUACACCAUUACUGGGCUCCAGUACCAAGAAAACCUGCUUGCUAACGCGCCAAUUCAUGUGUGUCAGUCGCCGCAAUCAAUACCAUUGAUGGAUUGGGCGCGCCAUGUUGGCGCCACCGCUCGCGCACCGCGCUCCGCUGAGGCUGUACUAUCUCUUUUUAACCAGGCUAUUGUGGAACAAUUUUCAAAGCUGCCUAUUCUCCGAAAGCGGCUGUUUGACGUAUUUUGUGCGGAAGGAGAUCUCAUUGUGACGUACAAGCUCUGUGAAAGGAGAGACGAUGUGUAUUCGUUGGCCACUUUCUUUGUGGAGCAUCCCCGGCACUAUCUGGAUUUACUGGAGCGAGAGCGGCAAGGCACGGUGGGACUCUACUAUGUUUUGAGUGAGGAUCUAGUGUACCGUGAGAUGAAUCUGCGCCAGCUGUACGAUCGCUCCUCCGCCGCAGAUGAGUGGUUUUUAGAGCGAGAAAGGGCAAUGGGACUUUUGCUGGUGCGACUGAUCGACGGUCUUAUACCAAAGGUAAAGGCGGAGCUCAGUCAGUUUGCACAACAUUUUGUGCAAACACAAGCUGUGGAACGCCUUGGCCUGAUGUGUGCUCAAGGCUCCUAUGAACCUACACGACUCUGUCUUGAGGCCUACGACAACGACGUUCUCACAUGGGAGCCGGAGUGGAAUGUUGUAGAGGCCCUCCCAUUGAAACGGAUACAAGUGCACGGUCACAAGCCUCUUGCACGUGUGUGUGCCGCCUACCGCGCUGAUAACGGCAUGACUCAUAUAAGCUUUAUUGAUGAGUCUGGCUCUUUUAUUGGUUCGAUGCGGUGGGCAGACUGCGCAUUGAGUUCCGAAAGUGGUCGAGCGGCCAAUUUGAUGCAGCAGAAUCAGCUUGAGAAACUCUGCUCACGUUAUAGCCCUAGUGUAAUUGUUGUCGGGGCUUCUAACAUAGCAUCUCUCGCAUUGAUGCGUUCCUUGCUAAGGUUUUUGCGGGAACACGUCUAUACAACUUUUCAUGUUCACAUCCCUGUUGUCUGGGCUCCAGUAGAAGUGGCACGUUUGUACAGCAGCACAACCUACGCGGAGCUUGAGAUGCCUGGAACGGACUCUCUUUGUCGUACCUCUGUAGCCCUGGCGCGUUACGUACAAGACCCGCUCCAUACCAUUUGUGUUCUCUUUGACAAGGAAAGAACGGCGCUACGUCUUUCUCUUGGUGCCACCGUGCAUACAACAAGUGAGAAGGAGGAUCAACUCUACGCGCGACUUUGUUGGGAAAUGAGUCUGUGGGUUACUGCAUGCGGAGUUUGGGUCGAGGACUGCGUUACCCGACCGGCAAGCGUGGCGUCGUUGCAGUUUAUAGCGGGAUUUGGUCCAUCAAGGGCGCGUAAGCUGCAGAAUCUGCUGACGUUGCGUCGCCCGAAUAGUCGUGAAGAGUGUGGCCAGCUUAUUACAGAGUGGUUAGGGGCAUAUGUUUUACUUAAUGCGAUUUCUUCGCUGCGUUUGGGCCCCCCAAGUGACGUUUCUGUCGGCGAUGGAGGGUCAUCGUUCCGGUGGCAUCUUCUUGAUCAAACGUUGAUACCGCGCGAGUGGUACAGUGCCGCGGCGUUUGUUGCGAGAGCGGCACUUAAAAAUAUCCCAUCAAGACUAGUUGCGCUUGUGGACUUUAUGCAACUGGAGGCGUCAGACAAACGUCACCGCCUUGACCGCCACGCACAUCAGCAAGAUAUGAUUGCCGCUAUUCGCGAGGCCCAUCGUCCCGAGUGGGAUUCAUUGCUGGGGGAGAGAGAGGUGGAGUUUCUGCAGGAGGAGAUGAUAGCGGCGGGUCAGUCCUUUCUACGACGGCCGUACCGGCGACUGUCGCACAGGGAACUCAUGACGUGUGUGACGGGCAUCGUUUACUGCACACAAUCCGGCGCGUCUGCUGAGACUCGUUCAGCUGAUACACGCUCUCUAGUCAUCUGUGAGGGGGAGUAUGUGACGGGAACGGUGCAAGGCGUGCGCGGUGGUGGGGCUGUGCCGGGUAUUCGUCUUUCCACAUCGUUUGGGUUGGGCGCCUUCAUUGCCGCAGAAGACAUUGGCGAUGAGACAAUGAAGCAGGAUGUUCUCUUGUAUGAGCAAGCCUUGCAUGAUAAUGCUGGCACGCCACAAAACCGCUCGUUUGUGGCAUCUCCCACUUGGCUGCGCCGUGGUGUGCCCAUUCAAGGCGUUGUUAUUGGCUGCAAUUGGGAGCGCUGCGAGUUACGCCUGCGGUGGUGCCGACCACGUGACACCCUGUCUACUAGUGAUCGCAGUAGGGUGGAGGGUGGUGACGAGGACGGCAUAGGCGGGGAUCAUCAUUACUUGUCUUACGCCGCAGGUGCUGACGAUGCGACGAGCAGCGCAAACUCUCUCCGUACGGUGCGAAUGAAUGUGGAAGCUCGUGUCUUUGCAACAAAGAUAUCACGCCACCCGCUGUUUCGCGACUCCACUAGUGCCACUGCGCAAGCAUAUCUUCAUAACAAGAAGAUUGGGGAGGUUAUUCUUCGCCCGGCGGCUGGCAGGCGCAACAAGGCCAUUGCGGUGGUGAAGAUUGGUGAGAGGUCAACAUGCAACUGGCUUAUCAGUGAGGAACGGCGUUCAAACGGUGCUAUUUACUACCGUUUGAAGGACAAGGUGACGGGUCGCGAGCUGGAGUUUGACGACGUGGACGAGUUCCUCAAUAAUUUCAUUGCACCGAUGGUUUUGCUCGUACAGAGCAUCCGCGACCACCGACGGUUUGUUGGGAGUGUCCGGGAUGUGCAGGGGGCACUGGAGGCCCAGCACCAGAGUGGCCUUGGCUUAACAUAUGCCUUUGCUGAGGUCUCUCAACAAUCUAGGCCACCGUUUUAUCGCGUGUUUACGCGCGGAGGGACGACGGAUCGGAACUUUCAUCUUCACAUUGAUGACAUCAGCAUUUAUGUACGCGUUCCGAUUCGGCGCAGCGACGGGCAGGGCGGGAUUGACUUUAGGUGGGUGAAGUGCCGCAACGCCGAGCACGUCAGUGAACUCGUGAAGGGCCUGGCGCGGCCUCGUUGGCGGUGGGGUACUGACGGACAGCGUUUGCCGUAA